GAAAGCUUCAUUUGUUGAUAGCUUUAUUUUUAUUUUUUAAGAGGCUGGCAAUGAGUUUUUUUCCUAAAAUCUCAGACGAAAGGAAAGCGAAAAUCCAUAGAAUGUUCGAACAAAAUAAUAUCUUUGAACCUGGUUCUGAAUCGAAUAGUUUAGCUAUCGAAUGGUUGAAGGAUCAUAACAAUUAUUUUGCUGGAUAUCUAGAUGGUAAAUGGAUCUCUGGAAAGGAGGAUGAGGCUGGGACAAAAUCUAGUCAUAAAAUUUUAGAUCCAUUUACAGGAGAACAUUUGUAUGAUGUAUCCAUAGCAUCUGAACAAAUUUUAAGUCUUGCUAGUAAGAGCUCCUUAGAAGGACAAGAAAAAUGGACAUCCUUAAAAGACUCUCAGCAAAAAAUGCAGACAUUGUACAGGAUAGCACAGUCAAUUGAAAAAAAUGCUAAUUUGUUUGCAUUACUGGAGAGUUUGUCAUCAGGGAAACAUGUGCAUAAAACAAAAACCAGGGAUGUUCCUAAUCUCAUCGAGAGCUUCUAUUACUACGCUAACCUGUGCGACCAGUGUGAAGACAGGAAACCUUUAGGUGUUGUAUGUGUAAUAGCUGAUGAAUUUAAUAACCCAUUGAUGUCAAUAAGUUGGAGAGUAGGAUCCAUUCUUGCUACUGGAAAUUCACUUUUAUUGUUGGUUGAUAUGAAGUCAUGUUUAUCUGCAUUGUUCUUGGCUGAACUAUGUAGCUUAUGUGGACUUCCACCUGGUAUGCUUAAUGUUCUUCCAAUUGACCAAGAAAACAUUACAUGUUUGCCCCAAGCUUCAAAAUUUAUUUUUACUGGAUCAUUUGCAAAGAGCAGAAAAAUAGCCCAGUUAGCUUUGUCUAUGAAGAUACCAUAUGAACUUUCAUUAUCGAGAAGGCCAGUAGCAAUUAUUUAUGAAAAUGCAGAUGUACAUUCAGCUGUGCAGGGUGUCUUAGACUAUUUAUUUUUUAUUGAUACAAGGACUGAAUCUGGUGGCUGCAAAGUGCUUAUUCAAGAAUCUGUGUAUGAAAAAGUCAUUAAUUUGCUUAGGAAUUUUGUUCAAAAAAUAAAACUUGGUAUAAAUUUUUCAAAAACAGAUAUGUCUGGUAUUAUCACAGAAGGGCAGAAAAACUCUCUGAACUUAUUUAUAAAUGAUGCUAAAAAUCAGGGAGCUAAGAUUGUUCAAACAUCUGAGACCUAUGAAACAGGAUAUCCAUCUUGGGCACCAAUGUUGUUAUCUGAUAUAACUACUGCUUCAAAAUUUGUGCAUGAAGAGAUUGGUGGUCCUGUUAUAGUAACUGUGUCAUUUCGAACUGCAAAAGAAUCAAUAACCAUGUUUAAUCGCAAUAAUUUAGGUGCUGAUGUUAGUGUAUGGACUGAUAAACUUUCCCUUGCCCUUGAAGUUGCUCAAGAACUAAAAUCGGGUACUAUCUGGAUAAACACCCAGAAUAUAUUCAUUCCUGUUGCUGGAUACAGUAGUGUGUAUAUGAAAGGAUAUUCAGUAGAAGGAGGUCAAUAUGCACUUCUUAUGCAUUUAGCCAAUGUAAUGGAUGAGGAUGCCACUAUUACUAAAUCGUGUGAAGAAGAUACUAAAUCAACGGAAGAGUGUUCUGAAUUAAUUAAUGAAAAAUGUAUUGAACUAUCUAAUGAAAAUGCAAAAAAUCAACUAAAUUCUGUAACUGGAAUUCGAUCUUAUGAUCAUUUUAUAGGUGGAAGUUAUAAACGAUCGUCUACAUCGACUCUAAUCUGUGACAAAAACAAUCUACCAUAUGCUUAUAUUGCAGGUGGGAGUAGUGCAGAAAUACAAGCUGCUGUUUCAAGUGCUCUUGCUGUGUUGCCAAAGUGGAAGAAAACUGCCAGACACAGGUGUUCUCAAAUUUUGGUUACCUUAGCAGAAAACCUGUGUGAACGGAAAAAGGAAUUUGCAUCGUAUCUAGAAGCUGUCUUACCUCGUUCUUAUCAAACUUGCCUGAAUGAAGUUGAAGCAUCUAUAGAUUGCUUAUUUUUCUGGGCAUUUGAAGUAGCUAAAGAUUUUGGCAAAGUAAAACAUACUUCAGAUCGUAUGAAAGUUUUUGAAGAGCUUGAAUCAGUAGGCAUUAUAGGUAUUCAUUGCCCCAGUAUUGAUCCUCUGUUGUCAUUUUUAUCUCGUGUGGCACCUGCAAUAGCUUUUGGAAAUGCAGUUGUUGUCAUUCCUAAUGAAAAGUAUCCAACUCUAGCAUUAAAAAUUUGUGAGAUUUUCAAAUAUUCUGAUGUUCCUGGUGGACUUAUAAAUGUGAUCACUGGCACUGAAGAAACAUUGAUCAAAGAUCUCGUGGCCCACAGGGAUGUAAACGCUAUGUGGUUCUCUUCACAAAAUCAAGCAGAAAAGUGCAUGCCUUAUAGCUUCUGUCCAAAAAGAAGUUUUAUUUACAGUUCCUCUUGGCAUAAUCCAGAUAAAAGCCAAAGGGCAUGGAAGUUAAUAUUAGAAUCUACUCAUGUAAAAACUGUAUUUUUGCCAGCUGGAGAUAUUUUUGCAAAUUGAUGAGGUUUAUAUUUUUUAUGAACAAAUCUCUAGCACAUUUUGUGUCAUGAAUAUUUGUGUUAGGUAAAUAUCUUUACCCACAUUAGUAGGAUUUUUCAAAUGUUUUGGGGAUCAAUAAUGAUGUUUAAUGUAACUAAAUAAAUUUGAUUGCACCCAGAAAUAUAUAAAAUCAAAAAGGAGGAUUUUGUUUUGUUCCAUUUCAUGUCUAAAAUUAUAAUACAGCAUUUCUGUAUUUUAAUGAUGAUGCAGAUAUGUAUAUCUGAAAUUUUAAUCUAGUAUUUCAUGAUAUCUUAGAUUAUUAGACAGUUUAAUGUUUAUCUCACCUUAGCCAGGUAUUUGAAAUCAAGAUUCUUGAAUAAUUCUUCGUGAAGAUUUUUCUUUAUUUUAUGUUUAACUGUAAUUCCUUUUCCUUUGUAUUUUGUGUCAUAACAGAACUGUUAAUCUGUACAUAGUAUUUGAUAUGCUGAAGUGGCAUAUAUACAGCUCAAAAGUGACAUCUGUUAAUUAGAAACCAAGAUUAGGUAUGCUGUGUUUGAUGCAACUGCAGAUCAUUCACUUUUAGUCUAAUUAUGUUCUUUUUUAUUAGUAAGUAUGUUUAAUAGACAAGUCAGUGGAUAAUUUACAUUGCCUUUCACAGCUUUUGUUCCUUUGUAAAAAGUGUUUUUACAGUAUUCAUUAUCCUUUUGCAAAAUCUUUCUUUAAAAGCUCAAAAAGGACUGAGUAGCCAUUCUAUUCUUAUAUUCAAAAAGAUGAUGGUAAAUGCUUUAAGACAAUGUAUAUAAAAUGCAAAGUUUAUUGUGUAGUUCCUUUAAAAGGUAACAUCCAUUCAAACACCUACUCACUUGGUGUAGCCUCCUGACAUUCUUGAAAGCACUGGUAAAAAGAUCGUUUUGAUUUUUUGUUGUUCUGACUAUUUUCAGUAGCAUGAAUUGUGUGAAAAUGCUGAUCUAGAAUCAUUUUAAAAGAGAAAACUGUGGUGUUAGAAUCUGAGAAAAUUAUUUGCUGAAUAAAAUGCUUGUGACAUUGAGCCAUAUGGUCUCAAAAGAUCUUUAAACAGAGUUCGUAGCGGUCCUUAUAAGUGCUUAUAAGUCCUUAUAUUUGAAAAUAAAAUAUAAAGGCCCUUAUAGGUGCUUAUUUUUUCUUUUAAAGCCUUUAUUUUUUGUUUU